CACCUAGGCAUGCAGACUGCUUCUACAAACAUUUGUGAAAGAAUGGGUCACUCUCAGGAGCUCAGUGAAUUCAAGCUUGGUACUGUGAUAGGUUGCCACCUGUGCAAUAAGUCUAUCCGUGAAAUUUCCUUGCUACUAAAUAUUCCAGGGUCAACUGUUAGUUGUAUUAUAACAAAGUGGAAGCAACUGUGAACAACAGCAACUCAUCCAUGUUGUGUUAGGCCAUAUAAAAUGACAGAGCUGGGUCAGCGCAUGCUGAAGCGCACAGUGCGCAGAUGUCGGCAACUGUCUGCAGACACAAUAGCUAAAGACCUCCAAACUUCAUGCGGCCUUCAGAUUAGCACAGUAACAGCGUGUAAAAAGCAUAAUGGAAUAGGUUUCCAUGGCCGAGCAGCAGCAUCCAAGCCUUACAUUACCAAGUGCAAUACAAAGCGUCAGAUGCAGUGGUGUAAAGUACAUCGCCACUGGACUCUAGAGCAGUGGAGAUGUGUUCCCUGGAGUGAGGAAUCAUGCUUUUCUGUAUGGGUUUGGCAAUUGCCAGGAGAACGGUCCUUGUCUGACUGCAUUGUGCCAAGUGUAAAGUUUGGUGGAGGGGGGACUUUGGUGUGGGGUUGUUUUUCAGGGUUGGGCUUGGCCCCUUAGUUCCAGUGAAGGGAACUCUUAA